AUGUUGUUCAAUCAUGCCCUUAAACAAAACACUGCAGUGCGCACAGAAACUGUUCUAAGGGCCUGCCUGAAAAACUUUUCAGAUACGACAGCUCCUUACGUGCUGUAUAAAGAUGGCGUGGAGCGCGCACCUCCUGGAACGCAAUGGGGCGGCACCGUGCUCGACGGGGGCUACCAAAUGCAACACCAGAGCCCCGGUGGCCCUUCGCCUCAACCGGAACCGCAGCUGGCAUCUCCCGCCCCGUCGCCGUAUCCACCUGCACCCCCACCACCAGAUCCAUCAGCAGAUGAAGCUGCUCAGCAACUCGCUCAACAACAAGCCCAACAACAGGCGCAACAGCAAGCCCAGCAACAAUCUUCGACAGAACAGAUGCAAGUUGAACAACAGCUCGGCCAAAGCCAGCAGCCACAGUCACAAGAUCAUCUCGAUCGCACGCCAUGCUUCGUUCCACAACCGGAUCUUCAACAACAAUACGCUACUCCCUAUUUCAAAGAAGCGAGGCCGACCAGUCACAUGCUCGGUACUGGUGGCUUUCCAUUGCACUACUUGAAACAAAACGGCGGAGUCCUGUCACUAGAAGGACCGUUAGAUCAAUACACGACGCCAGACCUGCGACAUCUACCAGACAUCGUUCAGCCCGAGCAGCCAAAGCCUCGGAAGCACAACCCUAACUCCGAACUUCGCCUGUUCAAAUGCCUAACAUGCGGUAAAGAUUUCAAGCAGAAAUCCACGUUGCUGCAACACGAGCGGAUCCACACGGACUCGAGGCCAUACGGGUGUCCGGAGUGCGGCAAGAGGUUUCGCCAGCAGUCCCACCUCACGCAGCACCUGCGCAUCCACGCGAACGAGAAACCGUACGCUUGCGUCUAUUGCCCGAGAUCGUUCCGGCAGCGGGCCAUCCUCAACCAACAUCUGCGCAUCCAUUCCGGUGAGAAGCCCUAUACGUGCGGCGAAUGCGGCAAACAUUUCCGCCAGAAGGCCAUCCUCAACCAGCACGUCCGCACACACCAAGGCGAGCGCUAUUCACACAUAUAUGCCCCGCUCCGCUCCCCGCACGCGGCUCCCGCGGUGACCCGACCGGUUCGCGUCACUGCGGGCGUCGCGGGCGAUCCCCGCCGCCCCGCACCCGUACGAUUCGGUCUCGCAUCCAUUGGCCUUCCUAUCAGACAAAUUCUCGGUUCCCUUUUCGCCCGCAACGCGGAGGGCGCUCGCGAGACGCGGAACCGAUCGCCGGACGUUCCCGUAACCGUCCUCAACGUGUCGCCGCAUCUCAUCUUCAAGAAUGGCACCACGCCGACGCUGUGGCCGCAAGAUGUACCGUUCCCGCCGGAUGAGAAUAAGGAAGAAAUUCAGUCCACCUUCGGCGACGCCGACGGACAGAAUGGGGAGCAGCGGGGAUCUUGUUUUUCGCCCGGGGACACGGCGCAGUAUCCCGCCUAUUUCAAAGACACUAAGGGACUCAAUCAUACCGUAUUCGGUUCAGGAUUGUCGCUUCAAUACUUAAAGGGAGGUAAACUACCAGACGUACUCGGCGGUCGGGCCAUGCCACUGUACGUCCGCUGCCCCAUCUGCCAAAAGGAGUUCAAGCAAAAGUCAACUUUACUGCAGCACGGGUGCAUACACAUAGAGUCUCGACCGUAUCCGUGUCCGGAGUGUGGCAAACGUUUCCGCCAACAGUCCCACUUAACGCAGCAUUUACGUAUCCACACCAAUGAAAAGCCUUACGGGUGCGUCUAUUGCCCGCGCUUCUUCCGUCAACGGACGAUUUUAAAUCAACACCUCCGUAUACACACCGGAGAGAAGCCGUACAAAUGCACUCAAUGCGGGAAAGACUUCAGGCAGAAGGCGAUCCUCGAUCAGCACACGAGGACGCACCAGGGCGAUAGGCCUUUUUGUUGUCCGAUGCCGAACUGUCGGCGGCGAUUUGCCACCGAACCAGAAGUUAAGAAGCAUAUAGACAAUCAUAUGAAUCCGCACGCGGCCAAAGCGAGGCGGGCGGACGCCAAAACUCCGCGUCCGUUGCCGCCGGCGGCAGCCGUGGUCAAGCCCGAGCUGUACUUCCCGCAAUGCUACGCGCCGCCCUUCCAACAGUUCUCGAGUGGCGCAGAAUUCAAACCGGCAGUCGGGCCCGGCACGGCGGUGGCCUGCCUACCGGCGCAGUGA